AUGACGUUUGAAGCCCGUGUGAAGUCGGUCCUCUCAGGCGACACUGUAGUGUUGUCCAACCUCACAAACCCGACACAAGAGCGUGUCCUCUCUCUAGCUUAUGUGUCUGCGCCACGAUUGAGGAGGGAAGGCGACGAGCCUUACGCUUUCCAAUCUCGCGAGUUUCUCCGUGAACUGCUUGUCGGCAAGGUCAUCCAAUUCCACGUCGUCUACUCCAUCCCCACCGGUGCCAAGCGGGAAUAUGGUAUUAUCCGAUUACCUGGGUUUGAUGCACAGCUCCCCGAUAUCAGCGUGCAGGAAGGCUGGAGCAAGGUCCGUGAGGAGGCUGGAAAGCGCAGCGAUGACUCCGAAGAGACCCUGGCGCUGCUGGAUCGGCUCCGGGCCCUUGAAUCACUCGCUCAAGAUGAGAGCAAGGGUCUCUGGAGUUCCUCAGACAAGGGUCUGGUCGACACCACAUACGAGCUUGCCAAUGGACAGGAGCUCGUCACACAAUUCAAGGGAGAGCAACUGGAGGGUAUCGUUGAGAGGGUCCUGAAUGGAGACCGCGUGGUGCUUCGUCUCAUGGUCUCACCCACCGAGCACAUCCAGACUGUGGUGGCUGUCGCUGGUGUUCGUGCUCCUUCGGCCAAGCGUACGACCGCCGAUGGUAAGGAACAUGCUGCAGAGCCCUUCGGUGAUGACGCUCAGCAGUUUGUGGAAACUCGGCUGCUCCAGCGUAAGGUCAAGGUCUUCCUGCUUGGUGUCACCCCACUAGGCCAGUUGGUCGCGACCCUCCUUCACCCCAACGGUAACAUCGCGCGGUUCCUCCUUGAGGAGGGCUUGGCUCGCUGCCAAGACCACCACUCGGCCAUGCUUGGUGGAGACAUGGUCCUGCUUCGCCAGGCCGAGCUGAAGGCAAAGAAUGCCCGCAAGGGUAUUUUCACCAGCCACGUGGGACCCAAAGGCACGGGUGCCGCUGCUCUGGACUACACCGUGAGCCGGGUUCUGAAUGCCGACACUAUCUUCAUCCGCAACAAAGCUGGCCAGGAGAAAAAGAUCAGCCUCGCUAGUAUCCGCCAACCCAAGCCUUCCGAUCCCAAGCAGGCUCCGUUCGCCAAUGAUGCCAAGGAAUUCCUGCGCAAGAAGAUCAUCGGGAAAAAUGUGAAGGUCACAAUCACCGGCAAGAAGCCAGCUAAUGAAGGCUAUGAGGAGCGUGAGGUGGCUACCGUUAUCCAGGGUAACACCGACAUUGCAUUGGCCCUUGUUGAGGCUGGAUACGCUUCCGUAAUCCGUCAUCGCAUGGAUGAUGAUGACCGAUCCCCCGACUACGACUCUCUCCUCGUUGCUGAAGCCGAGGCUCAACAGGAGGCCCGUGGCAUGUGGUCACCUAAGCCGCCCAAGGUCAAGCAAUACCAGGACUACUCUGAGAGCGUGCAGAAGGCCAAGCUCGAAGUCGGCAUCUUGCAGCGCUCUAAGCGUGUUCCUGCCGUCGUCGACUUUGUCAAGUCCGGUUCUCGUUUCACUGUCCUUGUGCCCCGUGAGAACGCCAAGCUGACUCUGGUUCUGUCUGGCAUCCGCGCUCCCCGCUCCGCCCGUGGCCCCAACGACGUUGGUGAGCCCUUCGGUCAGGAAGCCCACGAUCUUGCCAACCGUCGCUGCAUGCAACGCGAUGUUGAGAUUGACGUGGAGACGAUCGAUAAGGUUGGUGGAUUCAUCGGCACCCUUUAUGUCAACAAGGAGAAUUUCACCAAGGUUCUGCUUGAGGAAGGGUUGGCCACCGUGCACGCCUACUCCGCCGAGCAGUCCGGUCACGCCAACGAGUACUUUGCGGCCGAACAGCGUGCCAAGGAUGCCCGUAAGGGUCUCUGGCAUGACUGGGACCCCAGCAAGGAGGCUGUGGCCGAGGACUCUGAGGCCGCGAAUGGCAACAGUGAUGAGACCGCUGCUGCUGCUGUUCCAGCUCGUCGCAAGGACUAUCGUGAUGUCAUGGUCACCCAUAUUGACCCCGAGACUGGUCGCCUCAAGUUGCAGCAAGUGGGCAGCGGUACAAGCGCUUUGACUGAGCUCAUGAGCGCUUUCCGCGCCUUCCACAUCAACAAGGCCAAUGAAACCUCUUUGCCCGGCCCUCCCAAGGCCGGCGACUGGGUUGCAGCCCAGUUCACCGAGGAUGGCCAAUGGUACCGCGCCCGGGUCCGCCGCAAUGAUCGCGAGAAGCAGCAGGCCGAGGUGCUUUACAUCGACUUUGGCAAUUCCGAGACGCUGCCCUGGAAGGCCCUGCGUCCUCUGACACAACCUCAGUUCUCCGCUCAGAAGCUCCGACCCCAGGCCAUCGAUGCGGUUCUCUCCCUCUUGCAAUUCCCCACCUCCCGAGACUACAUGGAUGACGCCGUGGCUUUCCUCGGUGACCAGACCUUUGAUCGUCAGCUGGUUGCCAACGUCGACCACGUGGAAGCUGAUGGCCUUUUGCACGUCACCCUCCUCGACCCCUCGGUCUCUAAGAAUCUCGAUCACAGCAUCAAUGCCGAUGUGAUCAGUGAGGGCUUCGCCAUGGUUCCCCGUAAGCUGAAGGCCUGGGAACGCGCUUCUACCGAAACCCUGCAGCACCUGCGUGAGCUAGAGGACGAGGCUAAGGCUAACCGUCUGGGGAUGUGGGAGUACGGCGAUCUGACCGAGGACUAA